AAAAUAAGACAUACUGGAAGAAAACCUUUCAAAUGUAAAAAAUGUGUCAAAUCAUUUUGCAUGCUUUCACACAAAACCCAACAUAAAAGCAUUUAUACUAGAGAGAAGCCAUACAAAUGUAAAAAAUGUGGAAAAACCUCUAAUUGGUCCUCAAUCCUUACUAAUAAUAAGAUAAUUCAUACUGGAGAGAAACACUGCAAAUGUGAAGAAUGUGGCAAAGCUUUCAGCCAAUCCUCAACCCUUACUACACAUAAGAUAAUUCAUACUGGAGAGAAACCCUACAAAUGUGAGGAAGGUGGCAAAUCUUUUAAACUGUUUUCAAGCUUUACUAAACAUAAGGAAAUUAAUAGUGGAGUAAAACCCUACAAAUGUGAAGAAUGUGGCAAAGCCUUUAGGCAGUCUUCAAUUUUUGCUAACCAUCAGAGAAUUCAUACUGGAAAGAAACCCAACAAAUGUGAAGAAUGUGGCAAAUCUUUUAACCUGGCUUCAAGCUUUACUAAACAUAGGUAAUUCUUACUGGUUUAAAACCCUACAAAUGUGAAGAAUGUGCCAAUGCCUUUUUCUGGUUCUCAGCCCUAACUAAACAUAAGGAAAUUUAUACUUGAAAGCAACCCUACAAAUGGAAAAAAUUUGGCAAAGCCUUUAGUCCUUACAACUUCAUACACAUAAGAUAACUCAUAUUGAAGAGAAAUAUUACAAGUGUGAAUAAUGUGUCAAAGCCUAUAAAAAGUCUUCAGUUCUUAACAGACAUAAGAUUAUUUAUACUGGAGAGAAACUUUACAAACCUGAAAGAUGUGCCAAUGCUUUUGACAACAACUUAAGCUUUUCUAAACAUAAAGUCAUGCUGCUGAGAAUCCUAGAAAUGUGAAGAAUGUGACAAAGCCUUUAAAUGAUUGUCACACUUGAUUUUAGGUAAGGUAAUUCAUACUGGAGAUAACUAUCAGUGUGAACAAUGUGGCUGAGCUUCUAACUAAUGCUCACACGUUAUUGCACAGGAAAGCAUUUAUACUUGAGAACAAAUGUGCAAAUAUAGGCAAAGUAAAAAAGCCAUUAAUACCUGCUCACAUCUUACUCAAAACCAGAGAGUUCGUACUAAAUAAAAGCAUUAAAAGUC